UGAAAAUGCGAAAACGAAAGUAGGAUAUGAGGAACUGCACGCAAGCAAAGAGUUAAGAAAAUGUCUUUUGCUCGAUCCCUUUCUACCAAUUAUGAAGGUGUUGGAAGAAGUAAAGCUAAAUACAAUGAAAGGCAUUCCAGAGAAAAACUAGAAAAUUUUCUCAAGGAAUUAAAAAUAAGUUGUCCUGAUAAUCUUCAGAAAGAGCUAGGGAAGGCAUGGGAGGAAUAUACAUCUUUACUGAGGAGUGAAAAAACCUUGGCAUACAAAUAUCCACAACAGUUUUUUGAAAGUUUAAAAAAAACAGAUGAUCGUAAAAAGUACAAUUUCAUGAGAUUGGAUCAGAGUCCCCUGUCUAAACUGAUAUCAAGCAACAGAUCUUCCCAGUGGCGAGAAGGAGCACAAAUACAGUUAGAGUCACUACAGGCCUCGGAUCAGCUGCUGGCUACACUACGGAGCUCUUUGGAUUUGGAAUCACCAGCAGAUUCGGAUAUUAGUCUUUACCCAGAAGGAUGUGAUGAUUUUGGAAAGACGUCAAUUCUAAACCUUUUUGAUAUAACUCAGGGAGACCUCAAGGCCUGUCAUAAAAGGGAAUAUGUAAAAUUAGUGUGUAAAGAGGCAGCUCUAAAGAGGGAAUUUCCAGAGACGUAUGAAAAAUGGGUUCCAAAGCUUAGCCAAAAUGCUGAAGACAUAAAGGUUGAGGAUUUGGAUAAAGAAAUAAAAAAUAAAGGACCGUUGUAUGAAUUUAUAAAAUAUUUUACAAAGGGAAACAGGGAGGUCAUAGCUAAGUUAAGUUUACAGGAAUAUUACAUUUUGAGUACUGCAGAAGAAUUGUUAUGUGAGAGUGACCCAAAUUCUGAGUGGACAUACAGAUAUCCAGAGGAUAUCAAAGACUCUGCGAUAGAUCAACCAGCAGUUACCUCAAUUCCAGUACCACAAAAUGUCACUAGUGAUAAUUUAGUGAAGACUUUUCAUGGUAAACGUUUUAAACCAAGUAUUCCGAAUAUUUUGAACAAAGCAGAAACUUUUCCAAAAGCGCAGAAAAAUGAUCAGGAAAACAAAUCUCAAGAAGAUAUGGGGGUUAUCCCAGACUCAGUCACUAGGAAAGUUAAUCCAGACUCAGUCACUAGGCCUACAGAUUUUAAACCAGUCGGUAAGGUCUUGUACAGACAGGAAAACAUUCCAGAGAAUGAGAAACAGAGACAAGUUCUGAGGGCAGAGAAUCAGAAAACAAACACUAAACCUGCUGACAGAAGGCUAGAGAAACAACACAGUAACCCUCAAACUGAUGCCUUUGGAGUGAUUCCUGAGCCUGGGGACCGCAGGGUGACAGAUUGGAGGACCCCCUACUCAGACUUAUAUAAAGCUUGGAGCUUCCAGGCCUCACAGAUAGAGGAACUCACCAACAGAUUAAGCAGUUUUGCUAGUAAACAGCUGACAGAGGGAAAUGCUGCAUUUACAGACCUAAGUGACAAAAACAGACCCACAAAGAUCGGGGAGAAAUUUGGACUGAUUUAUGAUGAUGAAUGGUCGGAGGUUUUUGAUGAACUCAAGGAUAGCGGAUUGAAUGAUGAGGAAAUUAUCUCAAAACUACAAAUAAUGGUUGAAUAUGGCUAUGAUUUUUGCUUAAAGAAAGCCCUGGAACAAUUGCAGGAUCUUGAACAAGCCAUGAAGAUUCCAAUUCUGCAGCCAUUUCACACCAAACAUACCCUACAUGUUCCAAAGGAUAUGGCCAAAAUCCUGACAGCUGCCACAGUAAAACAUGCAAAGGAGUACAGAAAGGUCACAGCCUCUAUUUCAUCUCCAGAAGUCUGCAAGGUUUUCUUCAGAGAAGAAUCAGACUUCAUAGAGAGAACAUUCCAGGAGAGCUCCUCUGCUCCCAAACUGAAGGCUUAUAUAGAAGCCUGUAUAGAACAGAUGUGGCUGAUGUGUGUGCAAGACCCACGCAUGGUCAUAGAAUUCGCCGUUCCAGGAACUCCAAUAAACAAGGAACUGUUCAAGUUCUAUGACAAAAAAGGGAAACUUGUCCAUUUAACUGUUUGGCCCGUCGUAUACCUUCAUAAAGAAGGACCCAUUGUCAGCAAGGGAUAUGUUCUACCUAAAUAGUAACAAAGUCUGUAGCAAAGGGUAUUUCUGUGUAAACUCCCGGGCAUUCUAUGUUAGAAACAUAUUGUACAUCAUGUUGUUAUAAACAUUUUGUAAAAUCUGAGGAAUUAUUGUAUAGUCAUCAUGUAAAAGGCAGCAUACAGCUGAACUUAUAAUAGAAAUCUGCUCACAGCUAGCAAAGUAAUAUUCUUACAUCAAGGCAAAAUAAGGUGAAAUUACACAUAUUAUUUAUGUACAUAAAAGGAAAACUUUAAAAAAAAAUUUUGUUUAGAUGACAUUUUUUGAUAAAGAACAAGUAAUAAGGGCUGUUUAUAAUGUCAUUUUAAUAUAAAUGUCCUUGUAUAUGUACUUGUAUCGUUCAUUGCAACUUUUUGAAGCAAAUAAAGUCUGCUUAGAGAUAAAUGUAUUUUACCAUCUGACAUAAAGAUAUUGGAAAUUAAACAGGGGUUUGUUGAGAAAUCUAGUCAAGAAAAGGAAGAGCAACGAAGACAGGCAGCUAUAGAUGUGCAUUUUGUAGAGGAUAAAAAUAUGGUUAUUAUCCUGUAAUAUUUUUGAUAAACAUUUCCAUAUCACAGGAAACAAAUGUUUCCUGUGGAUUUUAUAAUGUGGAUUUUAUGUUCUUUUCUUUUCCUUGAAAUGCAGGAAG